GAGCCCUCAACUCAAUUAGGACACCUGCGGUGCGGCGCCGUCCCUAUAAACACCGAGCCGCCGCCGCCGUCUUCCGCCCAAACCCUCCCCAAAACCCUACUCGAUUCGGGAACUAGGGUUCCUCGCCGCCGCCGCCGCCACCCCCUCCUGCCGCCGAGCUCAGACAAUAAAUACUAUGGUUAAGUUGAGCAAGAAGUCUGCUGUCAAGGUUGAACCUGCCGCUGUGUCGGCCGUAGCUGGAAAAUCUGGCAAGAGAAAUGCGGAAGAUGACAUUGAGAAGGCUGCCAAGAAACGAAAAACUGCACCUCAGCUCAUGCCGGUGAAGAAUGAUCUCAAGAAGCAGCCCCCUCCAAAGAAGGCCGAGAGCAGCAGUUCUGAUGAGGAUUCUUCAGAGUCCGAGGAGGAGGUGAUGGUCCAACCGAAGAAGGCUGCACAAUCUGCUAAGCAAGAGUCCAGCUCUGACAGCAGUGAUGACAGCAGCUCCGAUGAGGAACCUGCAAAGCCUGCUGCUUCUUCAAGGAGACCUGUUGCAGUUGCUGAGUCUGACAGCAGCAGCUCUGACAGCGACUCUGAUGAGGAUGAUGAAGUGAUGGUCCAACCGAAGAAGGCUGCACAAUCUGCUAAGCAAGAAUCCAGCUCUGACAGCAGUGAUGACAGUAGCUCCGAUGAGAAACCUGCAAAAAAGCCUGCUGCUUCUUCAAAGAGACCUGUUGCACUUGCUGAGUCUGACAGCAGCAGCUCUGACAGCGACUCUGAUGAGGAUGAUGAAGUGACGGCCCAACCAAAGACGGCUGCACAAUCUGCUAAACAGGAGUCUAGCUCUGAUAGCAGUGAAGAUAGCAGUUCUGACGAGGAACCUGCAAAGCCUGCUGCAGCUUCAAAGAAUGUGGAGUCCGACAGCAGCAGCUCUGACAGCAGCUCUGAUGAAGAUAUGCCCAUUAAAGCGCCAGCAGUAGCCAAGAGGAUGGAGGAAUCCAGUGAAAGCUCUGAUUCUGAAAGUUCAGACUCUGAGGAUGAGAAGCCAGCUACUCGAGUGGAGAAUUCUUCAGUUUCCGCUGUACAGAAGAAAAACAAGGACUCAGACAACUCUGAAAGUGAUUCUGAUGAUUCAUCAGAUGAGGAUAUGCCCACUAAAGAGCCAGUCGCCAAGAGAAUGGAAGAAUCCAGUGAUAGUUCUGAUUCUGAAGCUGACUCUGAGGAUGAGGAUACCAAGGCUGUUGUUGCUAAAAAGAACGAAGAAUCUAGCAAUAGCUCAGAUACUGACUCAGAUUCUGAUGAAGACACCAAUGCUAAAAUAGUUGGAUCUUCCAAGGCUGUUGUUUGUGAAAAGAAGGAAUCUAGUGGUAGCUCGGAUUCUGACUCAGAAUCAGAUUCUGAUGUACCAGCAAAACCUACUAUCCCUGCGAAGAGACCUUUGGCAACAGAGAAAAACAAUGGACAUUCCAAGGAUGAUUCUGAUGAUAGUUCUGAUGAGAGUGAUGACGAGCCUCCACAAAAGAAACUUAAGGAUUCGUCUGGUAUUGCCAAGCCAGCCUCUAAGGUUGCCAAGAAAGAAAGCAGUGGUGAUGAUGACAGUUCUGAAGAAAGCUCCGGUAGUGAUGAGGAAAAUGACCAAUCAGUAUCAGUGAAAAAAUCCGCUCAGAAUGAACCAAAAACUCCUGCCAGGAGUAGUCAAGCUACUACUGCAUCAAAGACCGUUUUUGUUGGGAAUUUGUCGUACAAUGUGGACAAGGAACAAGUGAAGCAAUUUUUUCAGGAGGCAGGUGAAGUUAUUGAUAUUCGUGUUGCGGCCUUUGAAGAUGGGAAAUCCAAGGGCUUCGCGCAUGUUGAAUUUGCUACAACUGAAGCUGCUCAGAAGGCAUGUGAAUUAAAUGGCCAUGAUUUGAUGGGGCGGCCUGUCAGGCUUAAUUUUGCUCAAGAGCGAGGCGCGUUUACUCCUGGCAGCGGGAGGGACAACAAUUCUUUCAAGAAGCCUGGUCAAAGCUCUAACAGUACUGCCUUUAUUAGAGGGUUUGAUUCAUCUCUUGGGGAGGAUCAGAUCCGAAGUUCACUUCAGAAACAUUUUAGUUCAUGUGGAGAGAUCACAAGAGUUUCAAUUCCAAAGGACUAUGAUACUGGUGCAAGCAAAGGGAUAGCGUACAUGAUAUUCAGUGAUAACAGUUCCUUGUCGAAAGCCAUGGAGCUGAGCGGAUCUGACCUUGGUGGCUUCAGCUUGUUUGUCGACGAAGCGAAGCCUAAACCAGAUAACAGAGAUGGUGCUGUUAGUAGCAGCAGAGGAAGAUCUGGCAGGGCCCGUGGUGAUGGAAGAGGAGGAAGAUCAGGAUCUAUGAGGGGCCGUAGUGAUGGGCGCGGACGUGGCAGAUCCUUUGGCCGAGGUGACAGGGGCGGCCGUAGUGACAGAGGGCGUGGUCGGGGUGGUGCACCUCAGAGGCAGAGUGGUCUUACAGCUAGUACAGGGAAGAAGAUCACUUUCGGUGAUGACUGAUUCAGAAGCUUUAAAACACAACACCCGUGACUGGUGAAAUGCGAAGAAUUCAUUUUUGUGCCUCCAGACUGUCAUCCUCUGUCGUUAUGUAAUUUUACUGUAGUCUGUAGACUGUGUUGGUACGUCUGAGAGACAAAUUUUCGCUGGGUUUGGAGAUUUAUACUUGCGUGAUAAAUUUAGUUGCAGUGUACCCUGAUAUAUUACCUUUGUGGCUCGUCAUUUUUUCUAGUUAUUUUAAAGAUGCAUGUGUAUUUUUGGAUAC